UUUCAGCGGAUACAGUUGUAACGGUCUUUAAAUAUAACAAAACCGAAUUCUUGGCUUGAAGUCGUGUUUAACAAAUUUAAUUAAUAAUAAUAAUAAGCUCUUGGAAAUUUUUAAUUAGAAACCUGAAGUGCAUAAAGGAUAUUCGAAGGAUUACAGUUCCAAAGAUGGGCGAUGGAGUUUUGAAGAGUUUUAUUCGAGAUAUUUUUGCGGUUAAAUAUGACGCCAGCUUAAAUGACCCGGAAUCAGAACGCAUUGAUGGAAGUGGACAGUGUUUCCCUAACUGUGCAUCAGAUGUAUGGCUACGAUCUUGCAAGGAAGAAGUUAUUGAGCCAAUUGAAGGGAAAGUCAAAGGCACAAUUCCAACAUGGUUAAAUGGAAGUUUAUUGCGCAAUGGACCCGGGAAUUGGAAAGUUGGUGACAUGACAUUUCAGCAUUUAUUCGAUUGUUCAGCGUUACUUCAUCGUUUUGCUAUCAAAAAUGGUACUGUAACUUAUCAAAAUAGAUUCAUACAAACAGAGACUUUGAAAAAGAAUACUCAAGCACAACGAAUUAUUGUAACUGAGUUUGGAACAUCUUCUGUACCCGAUCCGUGUCAUUCAAUAUUUGAUAAAGUUUCAGCAAUGUUUCGUAAUGAUAUGGGUUCGGAUAACACCAUGAUAUCAGUCUACCCGUUUGGUGAUGAAUAUUACACAUUUACUGAAGCACCAUUUAUACACAGAAUAAAUCCAGUCACACUAGAAACCGAAGGUCGUAUUUUUCUAAACGACUAUGUCGGAAUCGUCAGCCAUACAUCACAUCCACAUGUCUUAGCCGAUAAAACAGUUUAUAACUUGGGAAUGUCAGCUGGAAAAUCUGGGCCAGCAUAUAAUAUUGUUUGUUUUCCUGCUGGCGAUAGUAUGUUCCAAGAUGCAUAUAUUGUUGCAUCAGUGCCCUGUCGAUGGCUUUUGAAUCCUGGUUAUAUGCACACAUUUGGAAUCACAGAGAACUACUACAUUAUAGUUGAACAGCCUCUAUCAAUAUCCCUCACCGAAUUUGUAAAAUCACAUCUCAAUAGUCAAAACUUUUCAACCUGCCUCAAAUGGUUCGAAGACAAAUGUACGCAUUUCUACUUGCUAAGUCGUAAAACAGGAAAGCUUUUGUAUACUUUCCGGUCUGAGGCAUUUUUCUACCUUCACAUCAUCAAUCAAUACGAGGAAGACAAUCAUGUAGUUAUCGACAUUUGUUGCUAUAAAGAUCCAUCAAUGAUCAAUUGUAUGUACCUGGAUAGCAUGAUGAAUAUGCAAACAAAUCCAAACUAUGCCGCAAUGUUUCGAGGUCGUCCACUUCGAUUUGUCCUGCCAUUGAAUGGAACUGCGAUACAACGUCGUGGAUUUACAAAGUCAUUCUCGCUGGGUGGUAUCAGUUCAAGAUUGCAACAAACAAAACAACAUGCUCAAUUUAAAAGAUCUGAGUCACAAUAUGAUGAUAUUACUCACUUUCCUACCAAUAAAUGUGAGACCAUAAAAACCGAAUCUCAAAGGAUAAACGAGUUCAAGUAUGAAUGUUUGGUAAACUUGGUUAAGCUACAAAAUGCCAAAGCAGAGGCAUAUGAAAUGCCCGACAAGACUAUUAUGGUCAGGCCGGAACUACUGUGUGAUUUGGGAUGUGAAACUCCAAGAAUCAAUUACGACACGUACCUGGGUCAGAAAUAUCGAUAUUUCUAUGCGAUAAGUUCGGAUGUUGACUGCGAAAAUCCUGGAACACUGAUCAAGGUUGAUGUCGUAUCAAAAACCUGCAAAAAAUGGUGCGAGGAAAAUUGUUAUCCCAGUGAACCAAUUUUUGUCCCUACACCUGGAUCUCAUGAGGAAGAUGAUGGAGUUGUGCUAGCAGCUAUGGUAUGGGGUGGAAUCAAUGAUAACCAUGUUGGUUUGUUAGUGCUAUGCGCGAAAACUUGGACGGAAAUGGGAAGAUGUGAAUUUCAUUCGAGUGGUCCAGUUCCUAAAUGUUUACAUGGAUGGUUUGCCAAAGAUAUUUAGUUUUAAGUUAAAAAAAAUAAUUGUUAACGGUUAGUCUAAUAAAAUCUAAUUUCUGUUGUAGAGAAGUGAUA